GCCGACUGCCGCGCCGCGAGCACGCCUUGUGAUGCGCCCCGCGUUUUGACGCGACAUGGCCUCGUCGACGACCGGCAACAUCGUAGUCGAGUGGUUGCGUUCGCUCCACCUGGGCCAAUAUUCGGAGAGUUUUAUAGACAACGGAUAUGACGAUUUGGAAAUUUGCAAACAGGUCGGUGAACCUGAUCUGGAUGCUAUCGGUGUUCUCAAUCCAGCACACAGACAACGGCUGCUGCACUCUGUAAGAAUUUUGAGAGAGGAGGGUGCAGCAGCCGUGUAUUUUACUCUAGAGGAAGCUGCUGCCGCUCGGGACUCUUGUCGAUGCGAGGAGGAGACCCGUAAAGAGCAAGCAACAGUGUCUGUCGAACCUGCAAAGUAUGCUGAUGAAUAUGAGGAAGGGAAGGCUGAAUUGGUGAAAAUACCGCGAAUCCAGCUGAAACGCCUGCUUCGUGAGCGCCUUGCUCAAGACGGCAUCCGUUUGAGUCUCCAGCCAUAUUCAACCACGGAUGGCGAUCGUGGCUACUUAGAAGGCUUGGCAUCACGAUACGCGGAUCUAUUCUCCACUCACUACGGCGACGUAUUAGACCAUCUUGAAGAGCUGAGGAGACACGAAUGGGACGAAAUGUCGCCAAGGAUGAGGGUGCUAGGCGGAACAGGAACACCACAAACUCCACCGUCGGCAAGUCCUGGAUCUUUAGCUUUGAACAAUUUGACAACGUCACAUUCUCAGCCUAUUUAUGUGCCUGGAAAAUAUUCGCCUUCAAGCUGUUUAACUGACAAGGAAGAAGAUGAAAUUUACGGAUUUGGUUACGGCGUGUUUGGGAAGCAAAUGUUGCAGAGACAACAACAGCAAAAGCAACUUCUACUAGCCCAGCCCACGCAGCCUUUGAUCCACAACCAACAACACAAUUACCAGAGUUGCCUCAGUCCAAGAUCUGCAUAUUUUUAUGAGUUUCCUCCUAGCGACAAUUGCCUUGGAACGGCGAAGAAGAAAGUCACGACGUUUUCAAGACUGUUACGGGGAUUGAAAUCCCAUAGAAAAGAAAAGCACGGUUCCUGUUCGCCAAAACAUUCCCAUAGCCCUCGACAAACGCUGCCACCACAACGGGUUGACACACCAGACAGCGUGCUCCAAAGUGGCUUGGGUUUAGGCCCUGGACCUGACACAGCUCUGAGGUCCAUGGUUGACCCAAGAGACUAUGACCGCCUCCGCUUCUUUCAAAUGAGUGCCGCCCAACCAAACACCUUCGAAGAAACUAUACAUAGGUUAAAAGUGCAAGAAGCCAUGAAGAAAAAAGAUAAAUUAGCGAGGGAACAGGAAGAGAUAUUACGAGACAUUAGACACGGCCUUAUGAACAUGGGACGAGAUGGGGUUCGCGGACCUUUUGGGGACGACACAUAUAUGUAUGAUGAUGAAGCGAGAGGUCUCUCCGGAAGGGGGCACUGGUAUGAUGAGCCACCGUACGAGAGUGAUCCUGAAGAUUUUCUUAUGGGAAGCGGAGCACCAGCAGCAUCGUUUCAAAAUGGACGUGUCUGUUUUACAUUAAAUCUAAGAAACGAGCCAAGAAGUGAAGGAGUUAUAUCCCUAAGAACCGCAGGCGAUAUAAGUUUAGCGAGAGCCCCUCGGAGAGGAUUAAUAAUACCGCAAAGCGGCCCCUACCCGACCACUGUGAUACCCUUGCGAACAGCGAGAGAUAGGGAAAGCGGGGAUUACGCUGCAUCUGAUAUCCAAUCUAUAGGUUCGCGGUUGUCUGGUAUAUCGCUAGAAUCAAGUCGAUCGGAACGGGACUGUAGAAGAGGUUAUAGGCAAAUGUCGGGAUAUCGGAUAGGAAUCGACCCUUUAUCACCGGCGUCAUCAGACUACGAAGAUCAAGAAAGUGAAACAGAUUCACAACAUAUAGCAACUGUACAUAAGUCAGCCGAAGAAUGUGAGGGUGUGUCAAGUUUAGCAGGCAAAGUAAGAGGUCUCCGACAAGAUGUUCAAAGAAAGAUAUCAAGAUUAAGACAAGAAAGAGGGCCAGAUGUACCCUCUGAUCGUCGAACAAGUGGCGAUCAAGCAUUUCCCUGUUCUAAUAGUUCUUUCGAAAGUCUUCCCAGCGGCUCAGGCAGUAGCACCCAGGCAUUGGUUCGUGCCGGUAGUAAUCAUUCGUCUCUCUCGGCAGAAGAAAACAUAGAAUUAAGUCCAGCGGGGCGGAGUCUACUAGUACCGCAAAUGCUGUGUCGCGCUCGAGCACUCGUGGAUUACAUCCCCAACAUUUAUGAAAAAGAUGCCUUAAGAUACAAGAAAGGAGAUAUAAUAGAAGUAAUCAACAUGAAUGCGUCCGGUAUCUGGCGUGGCGUUUUAAAUAACAAAGUGGGAAAUUUCAAGUUCGCCAAUGUUGAAGUGCUCUCUGAAAGAGAUACAAUUAGAUCGAGAUCAUCAAAAUGGUGUAAGAGCCGUGAAAGGCUCUGGGAAACUAGACCAAGAACUGUGGAAGAAUUAUUACGAAGAAUAGACUUGCCAGAAUAUAUGGUAGCUUUUUCAAGAAACGGCUAUGAAGAUAUUGAACUUUUCAAAGAGAUCGAACCAUCGGAUUUAGACUACUUGGGGAUUAUGACCCCCGAUCAUCGUACACGCAUCCUUGCCGCUGUGCAACUGCUGCACCAGCUUGAAUGUGGCGAAGGUGAAGGUGAGGGCGAGGGAGGCGGCUCAAGUUCAGAAGGAGGAGAAUCACCAUUUGGCAGACGUCAGUUUCCUCGUGACUCUGGCUGCUAUGAAGCUGGAGUCGGCGUCGGCGGAGUACGCGUACGUACAUCGCCACUCGUUCAUAGAACCGACGAGCCCUCUCAUAGACCACCAGAACCAGCUCCUCAAGCAAAACGCUCUAUUCGUCGUCGACAACCUGAUGAUGCUGAAUGUGACAGAAUUGAACGAUAUCCUGGAACUAUCGGAGAAAAGGCGAAUGUUCGUAGUGGGGGUUUACCGGGAGGUGCGAGAGAUGAUACUUGCGAGUCCGACCAUAAAUUGAAUGUUGUAAAAUUUGUAGCUGGAGGAGAACCAUGUGCUUCGGAAAAGAGUAGUGAUUCAGGAGUUAGCAGUUCUUCCUUGAGCUCAGCUCAUCCUCAUCGUCCCUGAGCGAGGGCCGCCGCGCCCGCGCUAGCCUAGACGCUGGCGCGGGCGCGUGCGCCAGCUGCGCCGUCGUCCGCAUCACCUACUAGCUCGGAGCAAACCGCUUAAAAUAAAGCUUAGCUUUGAAGCGGUGCGAUCGAGAUAGUAUUUGAUAUUCGUUGGAUGAAUAUUUAAACUAAACAAAAAUAUAUUACAUUUAAAUGUUUUUACAUUAAUUUGAAUUUAAUAGACUUACACUUUUUUGUAAGGCCUUACAAUUUAGUAAACAUUUUACAAUAUGACUGCCAAUUGAAUUAUUUAUCCCUUUUAUGCGGCUAUUCAAUGUUGCCAGAAUAAGAAAUAAAUGUAUGAAAUAUUUGAAUUAGACAUUUUAGACAAUAGUUAAACGUAUUAUUUGCCAAUAUAAAUGGUAAAACUCCAAUAGAUGUCCUAAACGCUUAUGACAUUUAUACUUUUAGAAAUAAGACUGAGGUUAAUAUCUGAUCAGCUUUAUUUUUUACUUUUAAAUCCAAUUAAUACUACUAGUUCGUAAAGAUUUUUGGAUAGACACUUAUUGUAUUGAAAUAAAAACGUCGUCCUCUUUUGCAUGACUGUCAAUCGUCUGAAAUAUAUAAAUAAAUAUAAUAAAAUAACUUGCAUUUGAAUCAUUCCUAUUAAAAUUUGCUUAAAGGUUUAUAAAUGUCUUUAUUCAUUAACUUCAGAAGUAAUGAAAUCCUCUUCAUACAAGCACCACCUCGGGCACUUUCUCAUAAAAGCUUUCCGAAAAACGAAAACAGCACCUUCUGGUCGUAAUUUUUAUGUGAUGUUAAAAUUUAAAACAAAAUAGAUACAGGGCACAAAUUUUACGUUCAAUUUUCAUUCGAAAUUCUUUCUAAUUAAAAUAUAAUUGCUUUGUUGACAUAUUUUCAAUAAUUAUGAAAGCAUAUCAUGGUGAAGCCAAUUUAUAUUAUAGUUUAAGUUGCUAUUUCUAAGUACAUAUUUAUUAUCUGUUCAAAUGAACAAGAGACGCAGCGAUUGCUACUAUCGAAAUAUUUCAGUUGAGUGUGUUUCCAUUUUAUAUCCAAGCAUCCAAAUCAACGCUUAUAUUAUUGGAAGAUUUACUAUGUAACGGGACUUUUUUCUUUGUCACCAGCAAAUAGACUAAUGGUAUCAUGCCCUUGUACAUAUGAACAGAGCGUAAAUGUCAACGUUGCAUUUAAUUAUUGUAUUUUAUAAGUGUCGGCAAUAAGCCACUUUAUGGUGAAAUUCGAGGCGUUUAAAGCGCAAUUUUUCAUAGCAAUAAUUGUAUAUAAACAUAUAGAUAGGUUAAUUAUUAUAUGUUGAAAAUUUUUGUAACUUUUUAAGAGAGCUUUAUGCGGUUUGCCGCAUGUACAUACAUUGUUAGUGUGUAGGUGACAUUAUUAAUUAUUAAGUGAAAUUUAAAAUUUCACUAGACAUUCAAUUUUAUUAUAAAAGUGAACUCCUAAUAUAUAUCGUAUUGUAUUAGUCAAAUGUAUCAAUUUUUAACAUUGUCAAAUAUCAUUAUGAUCGUCUCCAUCAACAUUAUAAGGAGAUUGUCGAAAUACAACCUUUCAUUGUAAACAUUUUAACACUUGUCGUGACACACACAGAUGGAACGAAGUUGUUUUUGCUAUAUUUUAUGUAUUAA